UCGUGUUCGUAGAUGCGUCACAAAUUCUUCUGUAGUUCCAAAAGAUAAAGAGUCCGUUCCAUAGCGCAAUUUUUUUUUAUCAAACGUGUCGAACGGAAGCUAGGCGAUGCGCACAUCUCUUGCCGCAUCCCGUUUCACUCCGUCCUCCAAUCGCCUCCGACCUCCGACCAAACGGACCUCCAUACCUCAGGUCGCCCUCAGUGUGAGUUUACGCGUCGCGACGCACGGACGUACGCUCCCUCCCGACGAUUUCACUUCGCGAGCUUUCGAAUUUACCUGUGGAUUUUCAGUGACCAGUGUUACAUCAAAUAUUUUUGUGCCACACAUUUUACUGGAUUAGUCCCGUUCCACAUCGACGGCGGAGCAAACAUCUUCGCCAAUUUUCAAGAUUGCCAGCGACGAUUGAAUUAAAGAUUACGUGAACACGACACAAUAAGGUGCCCAAAAAAUAACCAUGGAUGAAAAAUGUCCGUCGACGUGCGAGCAAUGAAACAAAAGGCGAGGAAGAAACCGACGAACUACUGGCAUAAAGUGGCGAAGUUAUAGCCAAAACACUCACCAAAGUCAUGUGAAAAAGAAUAAUUCAUAUCCAAUCUACUGAAGCAUAUCUUGCUAAACUGAAGGAAAUAAGAAAACAUAUCUCGUUUUAUGCUAGUCACCCUUUUGUGAUUAUAGAUAGUGAAAACUGAAUUGCUCAAAUUGUAAUAAAUAUAUAUUUGUGUUUAGAUCUAAUAUCAAAUGCACAUGUUGUGAAACAAUCGACAACAAAAAUAAAAUAUCGAAGCUGAAGAUGAAAUACUACAGCAUGUUUUUCCUAAGAAGACGUACUUUGAUUUUAAAGGCUGUGCUCGUACUAACCGCACUAUGGUUUAUGAUUGCACUUUUAACGACAAAUGGAGGAACGAGAAAUGCUAUUGUAGAAUACGAUGAUGCUGAAGCAAAGCCACUGAGGAUGGCUAAACCAACUUCAGUAAAGAGAAAAAGUGACCCGUAUGGAAAUAAUCUAUCUGAUGACAGGAAGAUCGAUUGGAUGGCUCGCAUAGGCGCAAGCGAAGGGCUUGGCGUCAUAGCCGCUCCUGGUUCGGACAAUGCUCCCGGGGAACUAGGGAAACCGGUCGUCUUACCCAAGAACCUCAGUGUUGAAGCAAAAGAAGCGGUAGCCGUAGGAUGGAAAAAGAACGCAUUCAACCAAUACGUUAGCGAUCUAAUAUCGAUUAGGAGGAAACUGCCCGACCCGAGGGACGAAUGGUGUAAACAACCAGGACGAUAUUUGAAAGAUCUACCUAAGACAUCAGUAGUGAUAUGUUUCCACAAUGAAGCGUGGUCAGUUUUACUCAGAACUGUCCAUUCAGUACUGGAUAGGUCUCCACCUGAACUCAUUCAAGAAAUCAUUCUAGUUGACGACUUUUCUGAUAUGCCUCAUUUAAUGCAACAACUGGACGACUACAUGUCAGCUCUCCCAAAAGUCCGGAUUGUUCGAGCACCGCGUCGGGAAGGUCUCAUCAGAGCCAGGUUGCUGGGAGCACGUUACGUCACCGCACCUGUGUUGACUUAUCUCGAUAGCCACUGCGAAUGUACCGAAGGAUGGUUGGAGCCGCUCUUGGACAGAAUCGCGCGAAACAAAACGACAGUGGUGUGCCCAGUUAUUGACGUCAUAGACGACAACACCCUAGAGUAUCACUACAGAGAUUCAUCGUCAGUGAACGUUGGUGGAUUCGAUUGGAACCUGCAGUUCAAUUGGCAUCCUGUACCAUCAAGAGAGAGGGCGAGACAUGAACACACAGCUGAACCAGUUUGGUCACCAACAAUGGCCGGUGGUCUUUUUGCUAUCGACAAAGAAUUCUUCGAACGAUUGGGCACUUAUGACAGCGGAUUUGAUAUAUGGGGUGGGGAGAAUCUAGAGCUGUCUUUCAAGACUUGGAUGUGUGGAGGGACCUUGGAAAUAGUUCCGUGUUCGCAUGUCGGACAUAUAUUCAGAAAGCGUUCGCCUUAUAAAUGGCGAACUGGAGUCAAUGUACUGAAGAAAAAUUCCGUUCGGUUGGCUGAGGUUUGGUUGGACGACUACGCUAAGUACUACUAUCAACGUGUCGGCAACGAUAAAGGGGAUUACGGAGACAUCACUAGCAGGAAAAUGCUGAGGGAAUCACUGGGUUGUAAAUCUUUUGAAUGGUACUUGAAAAAUAUUUACCCUGAGCUAUUUAUCCCAGGGGAAUCGGUUGCUCAUGGAGAGAUUCGAAAUGUCGGACUCCAAAAGAUAUGUCUCGACUCGCCGACCCGCAAGUCAGAUCACCAUAAAGCAGUCGGAUUAUACCCGUGUCAUCGGCAGGGUGGAAAUCAGAUCGCGAAUCAAUGGUCAUCAAUGUGCAUCGACUCGGCGGCUGGCCCCGAGGACAUGAAGUCACCAGUCAACGUCUGGCCAUGUCACGGGGAGUACGGCAAUCAGUACUGGAUGUACUCAAAGAACGGUGAAAUCCGUCGAGACGAGACAUGUCUCGAUUACUCCGGGCAUGAUGUCAUUCUGUACCCGUGUCAUGGAGCUAAAGGGAAUCAGUUAUGGCUGUAUGACAAUACGAGUAAGUUACUAAAGCACGGUUCCAGUGAAAAGUGCAUGGCGAUAUCACGCAAGAAGGACAAAAUCGUGAUGGAGACAUGCAAUGAGGCGGAACCGAGGCAGAUGUGGAAUAUGGAGAACUUCAACCCUGAAAGACUGUCCCCAGAGCUAAUACCCGAGUAGCCGGAGGCCUACGAUGAGAUACUGUUCAUCUAAGAGAUAAAAGACUCAUUCAGUGUUGUUAUAUCACUUGUUUUUGAACGCAACGUGUGCUUAGUGUUUGUGAUUAAAAUUGCACAGGACUUUGACGUUUUGGCUGAGGUUUUGAGGAAAUGGCGACAACAGCAUGAUAUGUUUGAUUCAAAGAAGAAACAUAAGAUAGAAAAUUCAAUAGACAAUGAUCAAGUUAUGAUUCAUUUUGCCAUUAAAUGUUUCCUAGGUCUCGCCUAUGCCCUCAAUCUUAUAGCUUAUAGAAUUCGAGAGGAAAUGAGGCCAUUUUUUAUAGAUGAUAAGGCUGCUAGAUUAAAUUUAGAAAUUGAUCUAGAUAUUUUAAAAUUUCAAUUACCAGCUUCUGUAGAAGUUAGUAAUGUUUAAAAACCACAUCUCAAAUGUUUUGAGAUGUAGUUUUUCAAACAAAAGAGAACAUAUGUUUGAAAAAGUUAACUUAGAGUAUUCAUAAUUGUCACUCGUUAACCCCGCCACGGUUUGGCCUAAAUGUGUCUAGGGACUGAUUUCCUAAUUCCGCCAAUUGAUUACUCAUUACACGUGUUCAGUUAGAAAUUUGGAGAAUCUGAACGUUAAUUAAAUUAAGAGUUGAGAAUACUUUGAGACGAAUAAUUAUUCUUGAGGCAUAUUAGAGUUUGUGAUAUAGUGCUUGCUACAGACUGUUUGUUGACUAAUAUGUAAUAAGUCAACAAAUUGUUUAUUGGUAUCUAUUGAAUUAAAUUUACUCACAUCACUUUAUUAAUAUAAAAUAGAAAAUACAUUUUUAUGAAUUUACACAUAAAAAAAACAGCUUUCGGUAUUAUAAAAUGAAAGAUGAUUAAAAUUAAACCAAUUUUAGUAAUUUAUAACAAAACAAUCACUGUUUAUUUUAAUUUCAAAAUUCCAAAAACAAUAUAACAAUAUGACUAAUGAGGAUAAAUGUUCAAAAAGUUUUUAUAUGAAAGCGGAAAAUUUAUAGACACAUUUGCAUGAAUGGGUCUGAUGAAAAGUCUGCAGCAAGCACUUUAUAGAUAGGUAUUGUUUGUAUUUUGUAAAUAUUACAUUGCAUAUGUGUAUAGAUUCGUAUAUCUUUUCUAAAACUUUAAUAAUAAAAAUAUCUUUGGUGUUAUUUUGGUUAAAAUGGAAAAGUCAGUUUUUCUCCUCGUUAAUUAUAACUAAUUCUUUAAAUAUUGACUUACAGCAAAUUGUAGAUUCCAAAUUGAUUAGCGACAACGGCACGGUGCUGCCAUCUUCAAUUUUGUGCAGGGAAUCUAUUAUUCAUUACUUUAUAAUGUAAGAUUGUUUUUAUCGAAAAAGAUUAGUUGGAUUUGUUUUUAAUUUGGUAUUUCAUUUUCCGUCAGUAAGAGGUAUUUUGUACAUAAUCCAUUUUUGUAUUGAAAUAGUAUUCUGUAUCCAAGUAUUAUCUACUACUGUUUAGAUAGUUAUUAGCCAACAUUCGUCUGUACAUAUCUAUUUUGCAUAUAAAAGUAAUUAUCUGUGACGUAUUUACAUGAUUAUAUUUGAUAUAACUAAUCGUUGCUGUGUGCAGUGGUUUUUAGAUUACAUGCAAAUUAUUGUGAUUUAUUUUAAAAUGUAUAUUAGUCAUUUUGACUUAACAUUUAGGUACGUAAUCUUAUUGUAUAGAAAUAACUAGUUAGAUGUGUAUUAAAAAUCAUGUUUUAUGUUAAUCAAUAUUGGGGCGAGUUUGUAUUUUUGUUAGUCAUGAUAUUUGAAACGAAUUUAUAUUUAUUUUAGUUUGAUUUCAAAAGAAAAGAGAUUUUAUCGAAAAUGACUGAGUAUUAGAAUAUUUCAAUUGCAAUGGUGUUAAAAUCGAUAGAUAUUAUUUUGAUACAUUUCAAUAAGAUUGUAGUAGUUUUAGUAUCUGAAAUAUUUUUUUACGUCUGCAUGACUAUCGGAUUUAUUUUGCUAGAAAUAGGUAAUUCCAUUUCCGUAAAACUUUUUUGGGGUUUCCUUAUAAUUAUUAAUUUCCUUAUAAGUACCUAUUUGUGUCUAUUUUAGUAAAAUUAAUUGUGUAAGUCUUACCUAUACAUUCCUUUAUGUGAUUUGCCUUUUAUUGAAAAGGGAAUGCAAUUUUGCAUUUUUAUCAUUUUCAAAGUUUAAUUUGAUAAACAUAUCGGAGAUAUUCAGUAUCUAAUAUCAAAUUAGUUUUUUUCACUGCCAAAUACACAUAUUUUUAAUACCUUUCUUGUAUGUUGGUCUUCCCAUAUUUUUUAUGAUCUUAUAUACAAAAGUAUUCUUGCAAAAUUAAUACUUUGAGCAUUUCUCUUUGCUCAAAAAUGUCAACGCACACUUUUUUUAUCACAUGAGUCAAAGAUUUAGUUAUUAAUAGGUGCUAAUUAUUUUAAUAAAAGUUGACGCAACAUUAAAUUAAUUAAAUUAUUAGCUGAUCUUACAAAAUUAGCUGAUCUUACAAUUUCGAGGAAAAAAUUAUGUAAUAAAUUAUAUUGACGUAUUUUUCACAUCAAGUUGAAAUUUGACCACGCUAAUAGCUUUUUGUUGCUUUCUUAUUGCAAAAAUAUUUCUAUUAAUUAUAUAUAUUUUUUAAUCGUUGACAAAACUGUAUAUAAAAUUUGUAGUUUACAUCGUCGAUGUAGGAAUAUUAAAUGUGCCUUAUAUCUUUACAUAGGUUAUAUUUGAAUGUUGAAAUUUCUGUAUAUAAUGCGGUGUCUCCACUUGUAUUAUACAUAGCAUAGUAAAUAGAUGGCGAUAAAAUAGUAUUUGUAAAAUAAAGCAUUAUGUUGGAUUUGUA